ACAUUAACAUAAACUACAGCACUAUAUACACGCAUUCGGAGCGACGACACAUGCUGGAUUUACAGGAACAAACAGAGGCACAAAGCUCAUUCUGUGUCUAACACUUCCAAUCACACACAUGGUCUUCAGCAGCGUUCAAAUCCACGGGUCAUGACACCAACUUGCAAGAUACACAGAGCAGCUGAUAGACACCUGUGUGCUGUGACAUGCAGGACCACAGUGGAACGACUGAGGAGCAUUUUGAAGCAGCUAGAGGAAAAAGAUGUCGACUUUGAAGAAAUAAAAAAAAAUCUGGAUCUCACAGCUUCGUUACUGGAGUCAGUUUACCACGAUGGAUCAAGGCAGUGUCUGGAGUCCGAGGAUGACCUCCAGCAGUUACAGUCAGACGGCGUGCCUACAGAGGUCACUGAUUGGCUAGCGUCUACUUUUACCCAGAGGGUUCGGCGGCCUGUACGACGCUCGGAUGAGAAGCCCAAGUUUCGCAGUAUUGUACACGCAGUGCAGGCUGGGAUAUUUGUGGAGAGGAUGUUCAAGAGGGCCUACACAGCAGCCAUGCCAGACCAACCUGCCGCGGUGGUAAACUGCCUCAGGGAUGUUGACCGCUGGAACUUUGACGUGUUUGCUCUGAACUCGGCCAGUUCUGAUCACCCUCUGCAGACUCUGUUCUUUGAGCUGAUCACCAGAUAUGGUCUCAACAGCCGGUUUAAGAUACCAAUCUCGUGCCUCACAGAGUUCCUGUCUGCACUGGAGAGAGGAUAUUGCAAACACAACAACCCGUACCACAGCCACGUUCAUGCUGCUGACGUCACGCAGACGCUGCACUGCCUGCUGCUGCGCUCUGGACUCGUGCACUGGCUGACAGAGCUUGAGGUGAUGGCGUCACUGUUUGCUGCAGCCAUUCACGACUACGAACACACGGGAACCACAAACAACUUCCACAUCCACACAAAGUCAGACUUUGCAUUGAUGUACAAUGAUCGGUCGGUACAGGAAAGCCAUCAUCUGAGUGCAGCGUUUCGCCUGCUGCAGGACGACCGAAUGAACAUCUUCACUAAUUUGACAAGAGAGGAAUGGAUGGAGCUGCGAUCACUUGUCAUUGAGAUGGUGUUGUCCACGGACAUGUCCUCCCACCUGCUCCAAGUCAAAGGGAUGAAAUCCUGUCUUCAGCAACAAGAACGGAUUGACAAGCCCAAAGCACUUUCUCUGCUGCUGCACACGGCCGACAUCAGCCAUCCAUCCAAGCCCUGGGUGCUGCACUCUCGCUGGACCAAAUCCCUGAUGGAGGAGUUCUUCAGGCAGGGUGAUAGAGAGGCAGAGCUCGGCCUGCCCUUCUCUCCUCUGUGUGAUCGAAAAAGUACCCUGGUAGCCGAGUCUCAGAUUGGUUUCAUAGACUUCAUCGUGUAUCCCACAUUCUCUCUACUGACUGACAUGGCUGAAAAGAUUGUUAUUCCUUUGGUAGAAGAGAACCCAGGCCCACCAGACCCCUGCAACAGACACAGUAAUCUUUGGAAGGAGAGCUCCAGGGGUCUGCAGUGGAGUCUCGCUCACAUCACAGCUGAGCUGGUGAGCUUCCGCUCCACCUGGACACGACACACCGAAGACAACAAGCUAAAAUGGAAGGAGAGUGGCUCCAAUGGAUUUUCAGACCCCAGUGUGACAAAAGGGCAGAGAUCCAGGCAAGAGGAGCUGUCAGAAAACUCCCUGCAAGACCCCACUACGGAUUCAGAACAGUAGACAGGACUUUCUUUGUGAUAUCUGCUUUUAUCAUAGGUUAACUGAGGUUAAUGCUGAGUCACUGUUUGAUACAAAACCACAAAGCCUUCUUAUAUCUUGGUUUAGGGAGCUAGAGGAGGGCUGGUUUAGGCUUAACAUCAUCUUCCCAAGGUAAGAUGCAAUAUAUUCAAACAAAUGUCUUGGUGUCUUAUUUCAAGUGAAGUAUACUGUGAUCAUUUAAAUGUAAAGUGUACAUGCUGGCCAUGUUAUACAGUAUCAUGCAUUAUAAUAAAUUCAUUUGCCACCUAUACACUUGUAAGGAACAUUGUACCUUUAUUAGUUUGAACUGUACACAAAUGAUAAAAUCAUGUUAUUAAUUAAAAAACAAUAUUGAAAAUA